CCUUCCAGCACCACCUCCAGGUGAGGGCGGAGGCAAGGCGAUGAGCGCGGCGGGCGCCGGCGAGGGCUGUUGCCCGCGGGCGCGAGUGUCCCGCCUCGUCUCCUUCAGCGCGACCCACCGACUCCACAGCAAAUCUCUGAGUAAUGAAGAAAACUUGAAACUGUUUGGGAAAUGCAACAAUCCAAAUGGCCAUGGGCACAAUUAUAAAGUUGUGGUGACUGUUCAUGGAGAGAUUGAUCCUGUUACAGGAAUGGUUAUGAAUUUGACUGACCUCAAAGAGUAUAUGGAGGAAGCAAUUAUGAAGCCCCUUGAUCAUAAGAAUCUGGAUCUGGAUGUGCCAUACUUUGCAGAUGUUGUAAGCACGACAGAAAAUGUGGCUGUAUAUAUCUGGGAAAACCUCCAGAAAUUUCUUCCUCUGGGAGUUCUUUAUAAAGUAAAAGUAUAUGAAACUGACAACAAUAUUGUUGUCUAUAAAGGAGAAUAGCUUUUAGGGGUUAAUACUGUAGAAAGACUAAUUUCUUCUCGUAUUCGAAAAAGGUCCUUAUCCCCUUGGACUAUUAAGAAGUCAUCACAUACCUGUUAUGCCUCCACAUUAUGUUCCAGAGUGCCCGAUUGAUUGAAAUUGUUGUGUGUUAAGACCUGUUGUGAAUUCAAAUCUAUCUUAAAACCAAAUUUGUAAAACAUCCUCAGUAUCAUUUAGAGAGUCUUUUAUUUAUAGAUUAAGAAUCACUUCAUUUUCAGUAAAAUGUUAUGGUGUGGAAUUUAAAAUAAAUCAGUUUUUGUUUUUCUGUUAUCUCA